AUGUCAGCAGAUCCUAAUGCUUCUAAAGUUCUGGAGGAUGCAUUCUUUGUUCGAGAAGAAGAAUGGGAGCAAGCUCGAAGUGAAGGUUAUGAAUUUAUUAUAAUUGGUAGCAGCUUUUGUGCUUUGGGCUUUGCCACUGAGCUGUUGCAGCGUAGUCCAGAUGCAAAAAUUCUUCUCUUGGAACGUGGUGGAUUCCUUUUGCCAGAUCAUGUACAAAACCUCCAUCCAAUCUUCAAAAGUAUCUUGCGGGGGACAUGUGAAACAUUCCCAUGGCAAUUUCAACAAAGUCCAGGAGUAGAGUUGCUACGAGGAAUUCUCCCAUUCUUUGGUGGGAAAUCGCUAGUAUGGAGUGGCUGGUGUCCCAAGCCAUGUCUAGAAUCAACAACUUCAUGGCCAUUAUCUUUUACUCAAGGUCUUCGUGAGUUUUUGGAAGCGGCAGAAGAUCUACUCCAAGUUGUCAGUUCAUCUGAAGUAUAUAAGGGAGAACUCCAGGCGGUACUAAAAAAUCUUUUGGAUGACAAUAUACACGACAAAAAGGUUAUGUUUGCACCAUUGGCUAUGGGAGGAGCUUUAUGUAAGAAGUUUUGCACUGCAGCUCCGUUACUGUCUCUGGCAAAGUCUCACAAAAAUUUCAAGAUUGCUACAAAUUGUUUGGUCUAUGAGAUUGUUAACAACAAUGGCACUGCAACAGCUUUAAAAACAAGUCGAGGAGAAGUGAAACUCUAUGAUACCAACAAAUUGGUAUUAUGUAUGGGGGCUAUUCCAUCUACAGCAUUAGUACUCAACUCGUUUCCAACAUUUCAUCAUAUCGGCAAAACUGUGGUAUGUCAAUUUAUUAGCUCCCUUGUUGCUCGCGUUCCAAGAGAAGAUUAUAAAUUAUCUCCUCCACAACAUUUGGAGCUUUCUGCCCUUUACAUUGAAGGUCAAAAAUAUCACAUCCAGGUGACAGGAAUGGAUAACCCAGACCCAGGAAAAAAUAAAGCAACAGCCACUAGACUUGCACCAGAUCUAGUGGCAAAUCCAACAGAAGAACAAAUGCAAUCAUCUAAAGAAGGGUUUGUUAUCUUGGUUUGUAUUGGGAUUGGAGAAUUCGGGGAGAACACAGAAUCAGGGGUUGAAAGGACCAACGGAGACCACCUCAAUUGUGAUAACAUCAAGAUUCACGUGAAGGAAUCCAAAGCAGAUCAAGCCGUUAAAACCAGGAUGGAGGACGCAAUGCAAGAUGUUUUGAGAGCCUUAUCUCCUCAAGGUAGAAUUGACUUCUGGGAUUCUUCAUGCAACAAAUGGAAGAAAACACUUCCCGGAGACGUUCGGAGUUCCAUCAUCAUAAACGAAAGCUCCACAAUGCCAAUUGAACAAAGUGUGGAUAUCAACUACCAACUCAAAGGCACCAACAAUGUAUUCCUGACAGGUAAUGCUAUCCUGCCAAUCCAAUGUGGCUCUUGGAAUCCCACCUUGACGAUUGUGGCUUUAGCCCGACAUCUGGGAGCUCAACUUGCAAAUAAUUAG